AUGCUGGCUCUUCGCGACCAGGAGAACCUGGUAAACACCCACCAGACUGCCGCCGCAGCGAAGCCCUUGAAUCAGGGUAUCAACAAAAUACCACCGAAGACUCCAGGCAAAUCAGUGCCGCUCAACGACGAGAAUAACCCUCGGGCUUUUGGAAAGGGGACUAUUAAGGGCAAUAAGAGUCGUCAGGAGAAUGGAAAGCCGGCAUUGAACGCGUUCGUGACGCCUGGUGAGACGAAGCACCGUGCUGUCCUGGGCAACAAGACUACAAACCUUAAGACCAAUGCAUUCAAGACUCCCGGUCCAUUCGCAGGAACAUCCAAGCCCGAGAAGACAAACAACCGACGAACCUCGACUGUGCAGAGAAUCAAGAAGGCAGCUCCCGUCACCCAACAGGCCCAGACCAAAGUCUAUACCGAGGCUGCCCAUGAUGAUGUGCCGGACAUUGAAUACAUGCCACCAAAGGCUACAGCUCUCUCGGAUGAGCCCGAUGAUGUCACAUACGAUACCACAUUCCCUCAAUUCAAACCCCAGAACCGUGCUCUUGGGCUGGAGAGUGUCUAUGGGAAGCAGGAAAUCGGCAGCGAUGGCUUGACUAAGAGACAGCGCAAGUUCCAGGAGGACUCUGUCAAGUGCGACAACAUGAUCAAUGAGACAAUCAUGAAACAGUUGGACAGCAUUGGCUUCACCGAGCACACUGAAGAUGUGGUAGCCAAGGCCCCGAAGCCACGCCUGCAAUCCAUCCACCGCAGGACUCCUUCUACCAGCGUACGCCCUUCUCGUCAAGUUCCUACCAUUCGAUCUCGUGAGGCCGCCGCAGCGCUUGCAGCCCCGAGACCCAGCUCAGCACCCAGCCGAGCCGUCGCCGUCCCCAAGUCCCGAGUUGCCUCUGCUGCAUCUGUGUUGAUGCCUCAGAAGAGAACGCGAACGCCGACCAAUCCCUCUUCCAUGCGCAGCACUGCUGCCGCGGCCACUUCCAACACCACCGUCGGAUACUCCAAGGGUCGCAGUGUCUCGUCGACUCUCCGCGAGACUGCCUCCGCACAGAAAGCCGCGCACUCGGAGGCAUUGCUAUCUCCCGAGACCUAUAUGCAGCUCUACGGCAAGCCACCACUGGAUUCUGAGAUGUGGAUCCGUUGCAAGGCUGCUGGCUGCUUUGACAGCGAAGAGAGUGCCAGCUAUCGGGAACUCGAGGAACGGCUCCCGACCUUUGAGGAGGAUGAAGAGGCGGACAACUUCCAGCUUACGCUGUGA